CUGUGCUACUGCGCCGGGUCGCAGGGCGCUGCCAUAUUGGAUGAUACCAACUGCUGACUGCAUGUGACAAAAUUAAAACAAAUAGUUACACACGCUGUCCUACUCGAAUUAAAAUAUUUACUGGGCAGUGGGCACUAUGGCGCUGGCGAGAAUUGGUAAAUGUUGUCGGUCGUUACUACGUGAGCCCUCCAAAGGAGUGUUUUGUGGUGUUUUACAGCCAGGUUGGAUUGAAGGCUGCAUAGGAGCUAAAAGGCAUCUGUUGUCAGAAGAUGUUAUCAAACUACAAGACUUCCAGCAAAGGAAGCUGGCUGUGGCUCACCUUGUCACUGGAUCGAAAGGAAAUUAUAUUGAGCUAUUCAGCCAGAAGCUACAAAGGAAUGAGCUAAUAUUGAGAGAUGAUUUGAAGCUUCUCCUUCACUUGUGCCAGUCUGCAGAUGACAUGGUGAUAGCCAGAGAUGCCAUUUAUAGAUAUCACGCAGAGAACCGGAACUUGGUGUACGGAGAGUUCAAGUUUGGUCCUCUCUUCAUGAGACUGUGCUAUGAGCUGGGCCUGGAGGACUUGGCUGCUGCUACACUUACAGAUAAGAGUAUGAGAGGAUUUUUCAACGAUGCAACCUCCUUUAACAUCGCCAUAGACAUGUUAUUCACAAAAGACUCUUAUGAAAAUGCCCUGGAGGUACUAAGAACCAUGAGGAACCAAGGUGUACCAUUCAACAAAGACACGUUGACACUGGCAUCUGGCACCUGCUAUAAACUGAACACUGCAGAGUCCUACAGGAUCUGCACUGCUCUGAUAGAGGAGGGACAGACCAAAGGGCACUUCAUCCCCAGACAUGCUUACUGCUUUGCUGUAGCAUUAGCACUUCGACGGAAUGACAUUGAAAAGGCACAGUCAUUGUAUUCACAAAUAAUGAGCACUGACAGUAAAUUAUGCCAAAAUUUGAAGGUUGUAAUACUAGCAAUGUCAGGAGCGGUGAUAGAUGCCAUUUCCAUCCUUUCUGCGGCCAUGUUGCUUAAAAGCCCAUCUUUUGUGAAGAGGCCGGAAUUUUCUCAGGAGGUGGUGGAUUUGCUGCGCUUGCGGAGUGAGAGCGGACCGCACGUGAUGAAAGUGGAGCAGAUAGUGACUCAGCUUGAGCGAGCUGAUCAGCUGACCCAGCAUACCCUCGAUGAUAUGCUCUGCCACACACCCACAGGGAAGAGGAAACCAGCGCCAAUAAUGGAGGAGAGGAGGAUCAGCCGAAGGACUCUGAAGCCACUACAGUCCACUCUGCUGUCAGAGUGAGAGACGCUGUGUGCUGUCCCAAAGCCACCUUAGCUAAAGGGUCUGAUGUGAGGCUGGACGGAAUCAGUCAAUAAACAAUGACUCUGGUUAGAGUUGACUUUGUACAUAUUGCUUUAUCUACCUCUCCUUAAAUACAGACACGGUCGUCUCUCUGCAGAUUGGACUCUUUUUUUUCUUUUUCUUUUUUGUCAUCCCUACCCACAAUUUGAUAAAAAGGGUCACAGUUUGUGCAGAAGGCACUUCAAUGGAAAGUUGCUGACAGAAAAUUACUGAAGUAACACCAUCUAAAUGAGUAUGAGUAUUUCCUUGCAAGGAUCUCAUUUGGGAAGAAUGUGUUGUGUAUAUGUAAAGUGUGAAUGAGUGAUUAAAGAUGAAUCGGAUAUUUAAUAAUGAAAAAAA